UCGUCUUCGCGAAUCCGGGAUUCGACGGUCGGUAUAUUUUCCAGUUUCGAACCGCUUUACGUUGCCGUCCGGCGCACUUUUUGUUUUUUCCUGGUGCGGUUUUUGAAAUCAUUGUUUUUGCUACGUCCGUUUUUCGUCUACGAUGGGGUGCACGAUAAGUUCGGGCGAGAAGGAGGCGGUGGAGCGAUCGAAGAAAAUCGACAAGUCGCUCCGAGCCGAUGGCGAGAAAGCGGCGAGAGAAGUGAAACUGUUAUUGUUAGGUGCUGGUGAAUCUGGAAAAAGUACUAUUGUAAAACAAAUGAAAAUCAUUCAUGAGACAGGUUAUUCUAAAGAAGAAUGCGAACAGUAUAGACCUGUGGUAUUUAGCAAUACAAUCCAGAGUUUAAUGGCAAUUAUACGAGCAAUGGGAAUUUUGAGAAUUGAUUUUUCAGAUCCUAGUAGAACGGAAAAUGCCCGUCAAUUUUUUUCAUUAGCUAGUGCUACUGAAGAAGGUGAACUGACUCCAGAUUUAGUUAAACUUAUGAAAAGACUAUGGGCAGAUUCUGGUGUGCAAGAAUGUUUUUUGCGCUCGAGAGAAUAUCAACUAAACGAUUCUGCUGCCUAUUAUUUAAAUGCCUUGGAUAGAAUAUCUCUACCUAAUUAUGUACCUACACAACAGGAUGUGUUGCGGACAAGAGUGAAGACAACUGGUAUUAUUGAAACAAAUUUUUCAUUUAAGGGAUUGAAUUUUAAAAUGUUUGACGUUGGAGGUCAAAGAUCAGAGAGAAAAAAGUGGAUUCAUUGUUUUGAAGGUGUUACUGCUAUAAUAUUUUGUGUGGCUCUAUCAGGUUAUGAUUUAGUAUUAGCUGAAGAUGAAGAAAUGAAUAGAAUGAUUGAGUCUAUGAAAUUGUUUGAUUCAAUUUGUAACAGCAAAUGGUUUGUUGAUACAUCAAUCAUAUUAUUCUUAAACAAAAAAGAUUUGUUUGAAGAAAAAAUUCGAAGAAGUCCAUUAAAUUCUUGUUUUCCAGAAUACAUGGGAUCUAAUAAUUAUGAAGAAGCAGCUGCGUAUAUACAAAUGAAAUUUGAAAGUUUAAAUAAAAGAAAAGACCAAAAAGAAAUUUACACUCAUUUUACUUGCGCCACUGACACAAACAAUAUACAAUUCGUUUUUGACGCUGUUACUGAUGUGAUCAUCAAAAAUAAUCUCAAAGAUUGUGGUCUUUUUUAGAAACUGCACCCAGUUGCCAAAAUUAUUAUGACUAUUAAUUAUUUUAUUAAUUAUUUAACUGAUUAUCAUUAUCCUUUUUUUUUCAUAUGACUGAUAAAAUGAUAAAGAUCUUAGCAGUUCUCAUUUGUUGUGCCAAAUAAUUUUACAACUUAAGUAAUCAAUUACUGAACAAAUAUACUUUGAAUAUUUAAUUCUUAAAUUGAAAAUACAUAUUUUUGUAAGACUAAAAAACUAAUUUUUUUUUUACAUUCUAUUAUAAUACAUUACUUUCAUAUGUAAAAUACCUUAAUUUUUAUUUUUAUUUUACUUUGCAUGCCAUAAAACUUUUUUGCAUGUUAUUUUUUUUAACUAUAAUGAUUUACAAAGUACUUGCCUAUAAUUAUAUUUUUGUAUUUUGAAGAUCUUGAAAUUGUUAAUUUUUGUUUUAGUCGCAUGGUGUAACUUUUGUAUUAUAUUUUCAUUAAUACAAAUUAAAAGGAUAUUCAUAUUUUAAUACAAAACAAUAUCAUCUGUAAUAAAAAUUUGUGAUUUUUUUAUGAUGUCAAUUAUUCUCAAUGACUGAUUUAGUGAUAAUUUGGUAAAUCUUUACAUAUUUUUGACUGUUUGAAAGAAAAGAACAAUUUUGUACUUAAUAAUAAUUUUCGCUGUGUUACUUUGUAAAAGUAUACAUUGAAAUAAUGUAAUUUUAAAUAUGGCAGUAUUUUAUUAUUAUUAUUACUAGUUAGUAGUUAUCAUUUGUAUUAAUUUAUUUUUUAUAGGAUAAAACAAAUAAAUGUGUGUGCUUACUUGUUUUUGUAUGCACAUCAUUUUAAUUAA